AUGCUCACUCCUUCGUCAUGGCCUUUCCCCUGUCCCUUCUCAGCAUCACUGUUGUCCUGGCCCGGAGCAUUCAGCGCCGCCGCCGCUGCCGCCGCUGCUGCCGCCGCCACUGCCACCGCCGCCGCCGCUGCCGCAGUGUCAACGCCGUCCCAGACCUCGACCGCUUCCGCGAUGAGUGACGACGUCGUGAUCAAAGCCAGCACCAGUCCGGUGAGUGUCAAGUCUGAUCAGCUCAGUCCGAACGCAAAGUCCGCCACCUCUAACGACAACUCCAGCGUCUACACGCCCAGCUCCAUCUCCAAUGAGGGUGACGAGAAGGAGGAUCAGGAAAACGCAGAACGUGAAAUCGUUGAGGCCCGCAGAAACGCAUGGCUUGAGAAAGCCCAAAACGACCUCGUCGCAGGAGCAUCGCCUUCUUUAAUUGGUGGAUUACAGUACGUUCCCGCUCGACACCCGUUUCUGAUGAACACCAGCAGUGCCAGUCUUCCGUCGUCUGACUCGGCGAUGAGCCUGAAGAUGUACCACCACAGAUCUCCGCAGAACAGCCGAAGCGAACCACCGCCGUCUACCAACUCAGUGAACUGGCGGACGACGUCGACGGUCGCAGCCUCUGCGGCUGCCCCUGAGGAACCGUCCAACGAGGACCUCAUCAAUUCGGCGGAACCGCAGGACCUGUCGCUUCGUACUUCACCUCAAACGCUGCAUCCCACUGAUGCCAAGGAACCGGUGGCCAGCUCAACUCCGGCAUCGAUGACCGAGCCAUCGUCUACCCCGCAGACUUCGUGGUCAUUCGAAGAACAGUUCAAACAGGUACAAUACGUACAAGUCGCACCUUCUGUAAUAACCUUACUCUUGCUACAAAGUGAUCGCGGGUGCACUGUCACGUCGUACGGUAAGCCUACUCAGAGCGUAGACGAAUAUGGCUAA